GUAAGUUCUGAAAUGAUAAGUAACAUCAUUUCAUUUCCAAACUUAAUCAAAGAUCAUGUGUGACAUUUCUCGCUAGCAUUUCAGUUACAAACCAAAUCACUUGUAUACCUAUAACUUCCUUAAAAAGGAUGUUUGACAUUUCCCGUUAGCAUUUCAUUUACAUACAAAAUAACUAUGUGUUUAUCCUCUAUAAAAAGGAUGCUUGACAUUUCCUGCUGGAGAAGUUUACCAUCAAGUAGGGCACCAUUGCUGGUUAACUGAGCCCUUUGACAGCUUUGGCUAGUCCUCCCCGCAAAGUAGUUCCUUUUAGACUACCCGGUUUCCACCAAUGUGAAGCAUUUCUAAAUGUUUUGAGAUACUAGGGAAUCAAAAGACAACCUGCAAUAAUGCCUGUGCAGAACAGGAAUGUUUAAGAUUAGAUUUUAACUAAUCUCAGCGAAUUUAAAACUGAAGUCAUGCAAUAGUUACAAACUUACAGUGUUUGUUGAUCUGGUGUUCGUCAGCCAUUGUCGGGUGACUUCCACAUAACUUUAAACAUUUUUGGCCUCGUUACUUUCCUCCCUGUGUUGUCCAAAUUAGUCCAAUCUCCUCCGUAUGGACGGCUUAAAGGCAGAGGCAUCGGGUCCUUCCCCCUGUGGCGGGCUGAGUGCCACGUCCAACGCCAGCGGGAUGCCUCCCGUAGGAUGCGGGGAAGACGACGGGAGGCUCGGAGACGUAGGGCCUGAUCACCUCCCACAGGAUUCCCUCGCGUCCUUACAGAUGCUGUGCCGAAGGAGAGCUCCUCUAUACCCAGACAUUAAGGGAGGUCGCAGGGACGAGGACGCUAGCUAUCAGAGUUACAGAGCCGCUCUACACGACGCUCUGCACGAUCACAGACCCGGUGGUUAUGACACAGGGGCUCGGGUGAAAGACGAACCCUGGGACUCUCACGAAUACAACGGCGAGAGUUGUGGGUGGAGGUCAGUAGAGGGCGAGGGCGGAGGACCUGGAGGAGGAGGAGGAGGUGGAGGAGGGGGCGGUGUCCCUUCCCCGAGCAACCACCACCAGCAGGGGGAGACGGGGGUCACUCAGCAGAGCGUCCAGGGAGGAUCAUCAGGUUCGACCACCACCACCACCACCUCCAGCAGCAGCAACAGCAGCAGCAGCAGCAGCGGCACGCCCUACCGACGGGGCUCCCUGCAGCUGUGGCAGUUCCUCGUGGCCCUGCUGCACGACCCCGCCAACGCCUCCUGCAUCGCCUGGACCGGCAGGGGCAUGGAGUUUAAGCUCAUUGAACCUGAGGAAGUGGCCCGUCGUUGGGGAAUACAGAAGAACCGUCCGGCUAUGAACUACGACAAACUCAGUCGCUCUCUAAGGUACUAUUACGAAAAGGGGAUCAUGCAGAAAGUUGCAGGGGAGCGAUAUGUCUACAAGUUCGUCUGCGACCCCGAAGCAUUGCUGACCCUAGGCUUCGGCGUGGGCGAGGGUGGGCGCGGAGGGCGCCAGGACCACUGCAUGGGUGGGCCCGGGGGCGGGCACUACGACCGCCGGACGGGCCUGAAGAUGCUUCCACACCAUUACUACCCAAGGGCCGCCGCUGCUGCGUCCUACGCUGCCGCAUGGUCCAGCGGGGGCGCAGGGGCGGCUGCUGCGGCCCAGCAUCUCCUAGCUCCACACAUGGCGUGGUCGUCAGCCCCGCCGACGCAGUACGACCUGGCCUCCUAUUCCCAGUUUGCCAAGUUCGGAUACGACUACCUUCCCGACCACGUCACGUCCUCCUUAGCCGUUCAGAAAGAUGAACUGAAAAACAUGAACGCGAAUAUAGGCAUGAACCGCGGUGUCGACGCCGCCAGCUACUGUGAUUACUCCACGUCUCACAUUGACAAGAACCGGCAGAGCGAAGCCUUCCUGGUGCAGGCGUCGCGGCCGGUGGUCCACCCGAAUCCCGUGGGCGGGGCAGCGGAGCCCUCGGGCGUUGGCCUCGCGACGGGUGACGUGACCCAGGACCCGGUGACCCAGCUCCAAGCCUGCGCUAGGUCACACCACCUGCAUGCUUGCGUUAGAUAAGGACGAGAGGCCAAGGGGCUAAUUCAUUGGUUUAGAUAAGGAUUCAAAACAAAAAAAAUUAAGUAAUAUGGCUUUUUAGCUGAUAUGUACGAUAGGAUUUUUCUUUUUGUUUUUUUUUUUCAUGACUGCUCUUCCGUUGACUCGGUAACUACCGUAGGUGUUCUUAAGUAGUUUUUUUUUAUUUAUUGAUCUGGUCGUGUGCAUUUGUUUGAAGUCCUUGGGGUAUUAUUUUUUUUAUGUUUCCCUUUGGGUAUUUUUUUUCUUUACGCGUCCUUUCAGUGUUUGCCGUAAGUACUCUUAUGUUAGUAAGUACUAUCAUUUACUCUACAUUUAUCUACAUCUUUUAUUCAGGUACAUCUAGUCAUUGGAUUAUUUAUUUAUUUAUUUAUUUUUGGUCUUUCUCUCCACAUUUUGGUUAAUGCAAGUGUUCUUUUUUCGGCACAAGGCUUUCACUCCUAUCCUGGUGAAUUUAACAAAAAAUAAUCAUAACCAUUAACUUUUAUAUGGGUUGGCCUUAAGAGCAAGAGUCCGUGCUAGCACGAGGUAAGCUGAUUAAGUAAUGUAACAAAAUAACUCUCCGUUGUAUCCAUCAGUGCAACAAUUCGAAAAUCCCUGGAAGUGGUUUUCGUUAUCGAUACCCAAAGGAUUGAUCAUAUCAUGUCGUAUGUUUAUUUGGGGCUGUCACUAUAAGUAAUUUGUUAAUAUUUAGAGGUUAAAACAUUGCAAAUUAUUCUCCAAUGCAAUCCAGCUUGUCAAGACAUAAUAUCAAAGGUAACUUUCGUCCCCUCGCGCUCUUGUCUCCCUCCCCUCCCCAUUCCCCCGAUUAUUCACUAUUCACAUGUCAAUUUCCACAUCAAUAGAUGGUUGAAAGUAAGCGAGGAUACAGUAGCAGGAACAAUGAUAGAUGCGGAUGUGGACAAGAGGAUUCAUACAGUUACCCUUCCGUCAUCAUACCUUCUUUUGUCAGGUAGUCUCAGCAUCUCAGUUGUCUGAAAAGAGGAAAUAUUUAAAUGUGUUUUAGGUAUAAAAAUGAAUAAGUAUACAAUACAUAGGUAUAUAUGUAUAAACACAAGUAUAUAGUCCAGGCAGUCCCCGGGUAACAUUGUUUCGGACUCACGGUGCUAGGGUCACGGCCCUAUUAAUCCCGAUUUUUCGGUGCCGUUACCCCGCUUUACGGCGCCCUAACCUGGAUUUACAGCUAUUUAUUCCCAUUAUAUUAUGAUGCUUCGGGUUAUGGCAAUUUUCGGCUUACAAUGUACCACCAGUAACGGAGCCCCCGCGCUAAACUUGGGA